AUGCCUCACAGCGUCCGACAUGAACCGACCCCGCUGGACAUUGUGAAAGACAACAACAUGGAGGGGGAGCUGCUUGGCAAGUGGGCUGUCAUCACUGGCUCCUCCUCUGUCACCGGCAUCGAAAUCGUCCAGGCACUAGCUGUCACUGGAUUAAGACUCAUCCUCCCAGUCCCAAAUCAGGCCAAAGCAAUAGUGACUCUAGGCGAUGCUUAUAACCCAAAUCGCAUGGAAUUCGUCACUAUAGACCACACGUCACUUGACAGUGUACGAGAAGCUACAAAACAUAUCGUAUCCAAGACAGAGAAGAUCAGUCUCCUCGUUUGCAACGAGACCAUCUCACCUUCUCCAAAUCUCCAGCUCACAAAGGACGGUUUUGAGGUGCAGUUUGCCACGAACCACCUCUCUCAUUUCUUGUUAUUCCAGCUCCUCAAACCAGAGCUACUAGCAGCUAGUCGCCCUAGAUUUCAGUCCCGCGUCAUCAUGGUGGCAUGCGCGGAACACAGGAAACACGGUUUAAAUGAGAGGGGUAACUACAACUUUGAAAAGGGAGGCUACGAUUCCGCGAUUGCAUAUGCGCAAUCCAAAACCGCCAAUGUAUAUAUGGCAAAUGAAAUCGAACGGCGGUACGGAACUCGUGGGCUGCAUGCCUUCAGCACUGAUUCUGGCCGGAUCAUUGCUGGCGCAUCUCAGCAGGAUGACACAGAAUCCCUCCAUUCAAAUCUACAGUCAGAAACCGGCGGGAAAGGCUCUGCACGAGGUACGGCCACGGCGAUCUGGGGAGCGAUCGGAAGAGAAUUGGAGAGUAAAGAUGUGCCGUCUAGGGACUCUGAGGAUGAUUUACAUGGCACUGCUUACGCGAAACACACAUAUAGCCCAGCGGAGGAGCAUCGGUUGUGGGAAGACUCUCUAGACAUGAUUGGUCUUCUAGAUGAUCAAUAA